AGACCGCUGAGACAGACGAGAAGCUCUGCUCCGAGUGCGAAAGUGUUUAGCGUUUUACCCGUGACGGAGGAAGAGGAUGCGUGCAGCGGUUUUGAGAACGACCUGAACGACGACAUGACAGAAAUGAAAAUGGACUCUGAUUCUGAGGCCUGUUCGCCUCCCAGAAAAACUCGCAAAUCGUUCACGCUCCGAGUAGCCAUGAAGUUCCCGAACAAACGGGCCAGUCCUUCAAAGCCAGUGUCGCCUGAGUCCAAACCUGAACCUAAAGACCCCGAGUCUGACUCUGAGGGAGACAACUUCAUGCUGAAGAGAGCGCUGAACAUCAAAGAGAACAAAGCUAUGCUUGCUAAGCUAAUGUCAGAGCUGGAUAAGGUUCCUGGACUCAAUCCCAGGAGGGCUGCUUUGUCACAGGGCAAUACGCCUCGUCGUGUUCCUCGCCGGUCUCUGGAUGCCAGCGGCGCUCGCCGGAGAAACCCAGAGCGAACGUCCCGUCCUCACACACGCUCCCGGUCACUGGUGGACGGACCACCCUCCCCUGCUCCAGAGGAUGACCCUGAGGACCAAUACAGCUUGGUCCGCAGAAACAGAAAUUACGAAGAAGACGAUGAUGAAGAAGAGGUGCGUUACAUUAGUUAA